AUCAUCUUUAGUUUCUGGGGUUUUCCCUCUAAAUCCGCAAUGCAUUGUUCGGAAGACACCUGCUAAGUAACCUUAGGUGAACCACUCCAACGAGUGGGGCAGGAGACAAAGGGUCUCUUUAGGCCGAGAUACGCCGCACUUUCCAAAAUUCCGGAGACCAGUUUACGUCGGACGACCGUCCCAGAUACUGUAUUGUAUAACGGAUGGCCUCGUCGGUUGGCUGCCUGGAACCACCUGCUCUGCAUGUCCAACCCACUCGAAACCCAAACUGACCAUGUGCUAGAAUAUCAAGCCUCAUAUGUGCAGCUACCACAAUGAUGACAGGACCAACCCCUGCCAUGACAACCGCCAAUCGGGCUACGCAAAGUGCAUGGUCGACGCGAUUGCAAUAGCAUUUGCCAGCUCCCAUUUCGCGGCCUAUAUCCUAAGGAUGCCCCAGUCCACAUGGUCUUGCCGAGAUUUUCUCGGAGUCGAUGACUGGUCCUCACUUUCGGAAGUCGAUUACCAGCGAGGUUGGAACCAGCGCCUUCCUGGUGGGCGCAGAAGGUUGGCGGCGGCGGUGUCCCUGCCGGGCAUAUCUAUUUCCUCAGCCGGAGUUACAGACCCUUGGUCGCUAGAAUUCAGGGAGAAGUUUGCCCGGUCAAGGAGGAGUACAUGCACGGCUGCCACCAUCGGUAUCUCGAUCUGAUCAGACGACAUCCUCAGUGGACCAAGCCUGGUAUCAUAUUUUGCCCGCCGUCGCUCGUCUUAGGCUAGCCAGACUACUUUACAUUCCGGCGUGAUUCGGGCGCUGGUUGACCCAUAUAUAGAAAAAGCUCACGAGCAAGGCGUUCCGGUAUGGUUCGAAGCCAUAUGCGAGCACAGCCGAAGUAUAUAUGAACAUUUGGUUUCUGCACAGUUGCGGUGUUGCGUUUGGGAGCUUCUAAGACUAUUGCGAGGGCAAUCUUUAUGAAAAUAGAA